GUGAGCAAGCGGUUUCGGUGAAAUAUUGUGUGAAGUGUUUCUAAUAGUCGUCUACUUUUUUCUCUUAUUUUCUCAAGUAUUCACAGUUUAAUAAACCGAAAAUUGGCAAAUUUAAAGAAAUGGUGUUUAUUAAAUAAAAUAAGUGUUUAACAUAUGUAUGUACACAUAUAAGAAGUAAGCAGACGUCGCGAUAAAAUUGCGAAAAUUGUGAAAACAAUUGCUUUGAUUGUUUGUUGAGUUUUACACGAACGAGCAUAGAUGAUUAUUAGAAUUAUCACCACAAUAAUAGUGACGGCUAUGGCAAAAGUGAAUGCGAAUGCUUUUGGCAACGGCUGUUUGCUUUUGGCAAAUAAAAAAUUUAAGAGAAUUGAUUGUGUUUAAAUGAAAAUUAUAUUCAGAAGUACAUUAAAAGCGAUUUUAGGAAAGUUCCUAAGAUACCAACAACAACCCCCUGCAGCGUUAGAGUGUAAAUUUCACAAAUAGAUUAAUCUUAAAGUAAAGAAACAAAAGUUAAAUAAGAGAUGUGAGAUAAAAUACUAUAAAAGUAGUAAGUUGAUUAAAUGGCAAAAACGAAGCCAAUAAACAAAAUAUUUGCGUGAAGAAAAUGUUAUUAUCUAUUUCUUAAUCUUUCCACUGUUCGCACAGACAUAUUCAUGUGUUGUUUGAGCGGUAUUGUGUGAUUUAAACAAAUAUUCAUGCAAAGAGUAUUUGAAAAGUGCACAAAACUACAACAGGGCCGAAAAAUAAAGCGAGAUUAACAUAGAAUUAGAUCGCCAAUAAAAUUUAUAGUGAUGGUUUAAAACAAAGUUCCACCAAUUGUAAAAUACAAACAUACAUAAAUAUUAGUGUUAUAAUAAUGUACAUGUAAAUCUACCUGCAUAAAGUUCCGUUUCUACGACGAAAAAACAACCUUACGCAUUACACACGCACUUAAUAAAUAUUAUGUCGACGAUGGCGAUUUGUGAAAAAUCGAAUUAGGUAACGCUGAGGCCGACAGCAGAAAGCAGCUAACAGCUGCAGUGGAAGCGGUAGUACGUUGAGUGCAAUAUGAGGGAGUUGCUGAUGGCAUGCGAUGGCAAUACGGCAUCAGCUGACUAAAAUGAAAGGGAAAACAUACAUUGAAACAGGCAACUUGAGCUAUGCAACAUGGACGACUCAACCAAGAGAUUAAAAGGGUCGUCAUAAUCUUAAACAGUUUCGCUGAAGAAAAUAACAGCCAUACAACAGUAGUAACGAGCAAAAAGAUAAAAACAAUUUUUUAAAUUUCAUAUGUCCAAAAAGAGAAGAUAUUUAAGCCCUUAUCCCGAAUGACUCACUGUUAUCGCGCCGAAUUAUUUCAAGUCUACUAAGAGCAUAAUAAAAUAUGUUGCUCAUAAGUGCGCUCGCACUCGGGUUGGUGGACUCAACAAAUUACAAUGUUGGCAUACAUUUGGGUGUAUUUAAUCUGGCGACAACGGCGGUAGCUGCAGCUACUACGGUGGCGAUAAAUACAGCUGUCGCAGCGGAUAAUGUGGAUACUGUGAUAGGCGGCACGAUGCCGUUGGCAGCCACUCCAAAUGGAGGUAUAGAAGGCGCCCAAGUUAACGCUCUAACGACGGGGACUGUAAGUGGUACUUCGAUAGCGCAUACAACGACAUCAGUUGGCAGCAGUGCGGGCAGUGGAACCAUUACAUGGGACAACAACGGUACUCUGCGAUCUCUUAAUCCAGGCGAUUGGUCGAUCGAACAAUGUAUGAUUUGGCAAAGACCACAUCAUCUUUAUUUCCAACUGGGCAAUGCCUUCUUCUUACUGGCAUUUCUGGCGCCGCAUGGACCGUUCGGUGCACUGUGGCUGCGGGCGCUCAUUCUUAUUGGGUGCACGCUAAUGGCAAUGUACGGCUACCUGGUAGAGUGUAAACCGGAUGUCGUGCUCUGGUCUGGGCUAUUUUUCGUGGUCAACUUUAUUUACCUGAUUAUUGUGCUGUGUCGGUUACGACCGGUUCGAUUCGAUAAGGAAAUUGAGGGGGUUUAUGCCAGCUUAUUUAAGCCCCUCCGCGUGACGCGACAUCAAUUCAAAAAGAUUUUGAAUUGCAUGAAACUAAUACGACCAUUAAAGUACCAGGAGGUGUAUGCGCAGGAGAAAGUUACCAAAGUUGAUAGCUUAUCACUCGUCUUGUCUGGGAAGUUGGUGGUUUCACAGAAUCAAAGAGCUCUACACAUAGUAUUUCCUCAUCAGUUCCUAGAUUCGCCCGAAUGGUUUGGAGUGUCAACUGACGAUUAUUUUCAGGUAUCUAUAAUGGCUAUGGAGGAGUCGCGCGUUCUUAUUUGGCACCGUGACAAACUAAAAUUAUCUAUAAUGGCCGAACCGUUUUUACAAUCGGUUUUCGAUCAUAUUUUGGGUCGCGAUGUCGUGAAGAAGCUUAUGCAAGUAACGCAGGUCAGCGAGUCCAUAGCUAGUAAUGGGUUUUUGCCAUCAGGCAAUUAUGAUGAUGCAGAAGACAAACCAAUGCUGAUCAUGAAGAAAACCGUGGAAGGUCAUGGUCUGACAGCAUUAAUAAAUCGCCAACUGCAAGAGCAUGUACCAUUACUUGGCCGUACCUAUAACUCCAAAACACUGCAUUUGGUGACAAGUAAGCCAGUGCAAGGGGCAAGCCAAAAAACUGCAUUCCCAUCUGCCGGCCAUAAAAGUCUCGCACGCAAAGAGUUAACGUCUCCAUGCUAACUGAUAAUGAAUGACUGAUUGACUGAGGCUAAAAGCGAUGUAAAUUCGCAAGCGCAAGCAUAAACGCAGGCACAGGCGCAAGCGCUAAUGACGCUAAACUUAACGGCGCAGUCAUGUUGCGCGUUUACGCCUCAAUGCCGCCCACACCACCAACGCUUCCACCACCGCCCCGAUACCCAGAUACCGAUAAUGCCAUCAUACUCAUACCGACGUAUUUAUUCAUUUACGUUACUAACAUUCAUCUACAACUACACUACAACUUCCUUAUUUUUGUAUACAACACAUUUUGAUAUUUUUACAUGUACACACACAUAUGUAUGCACCUACACUUAUAUAUGUACAUACACUUACUAUAAAGCAGCAUACUUUUUUAAAUUUUUCUAAUCCGCUUUUCAGUAUAAUUUUUCAUAAGUAGUGUAUUUUGUAUGUGCAUAGUGAUCGAAUCGCGAUAUGUAAAUCGACCAUUUUGAAGAUCUACCCUACCUUACUUAGGACUUAGGCCAAUUCCGAACGUGGUCAUUAAACGAAAUGUAUCUUUAAUUACUAAUCAACUAGGCGUAUAUACCUACAUAUAUACAUAUGUAUGACAUUUAUUUAUACCAAAAAGAUACAAAAGCAAAGCUAAUUCUACGACCAAGUGUAACUGCAAACUAAUAUAUGUAUGUAUGUACAUUUAUGUAAGCUAAUAUAAAUAAAAAAAAAAUUAUACAAGACA